GAAAAGAAAAAGACAAAAAGCAUUGCUUUCGGUCAAAUAAUAAUGUUUAUGCUCUCUGGGCAUUGCUAUUAAUGGUUUUGUGGGGAAGAAAAGCUGAAACGCCAAUGAAAAAGCGCUUUUCCUAACCAAACUUUUCCCAUAGAGAGAGAGAUAUGGCCGCUGAUGCACCUUGCUGUGAAACCAAAUUCUGGCUCUACAUACUUCUCAUCAUUGGAUUGGUUUGCUUCGCUGGUCUCAUGGCUGGUCUCACCCUUGGACUCAUGUCUUUGGGACUCGUCGACCUCGAAGUUCUCAUCAAAUCUGGUCGUCCUCAACAUCGUAUCCAUGCCGCUAAGAUAUUCCCUGUGGUUAAGAAUCAGCAUCUUUUGCUUUGUACUCUUUUGAUUGGAAAUUCUUUAGCCAUGGAGACUCUUCCGAUUUUUCUUGAUGCUAUUGUGCCUCCUUAUGCUGCUGUUUUGAUUUCGGUUACUCUAAUCCUCAUCUUUGGAGAGAUAUUGCCGCAAGCAAUUUGUACGCGAUAUGGAUUGAUGGUUGGCGCAACGCUUGCCCCGCUUGUUCGUGUUCUUCUUGUAGUAUUUUAUCCCAUCGCUUAUCCCAUCAGCAAGGUGCUUGAUUGGAUGUUAGGUAAAGGAAAAGCUGCUCUUUUAAAGAGGGCAGAGCUCAAGACCUUUGUGAAUUUCCAUGGGAAUGAGGCUGGAAAAGGAGGAGAUUUAACGCACGAUGAGACAACCAUCAUAGCCGGAGCGCUUGAAUUGACUGAAAAGACCGCAAAAGAUGCCAUGACUCCCAUAUCAAAGGCAUUUUCCCUUGAUUUGGAUGCAACUCUAAAUUUGGAGACCCUGAAUUCAAUAAUGACAAUGGGUCAUAGUCGAGUCCCGGUUUAUGCAGGAGAGCGGACAAACAUUAUGGGACUUGUUCUGGUUAAAAAUCUCUUUAUGGUUGAUUCAAAGGCUUCAGUUCCUCUAAGAAAAAUGAUGAUCAGAAAAAUUCCUCGUGUUUCAGAGAAUAUGCCUCUGUAUGAUAUACUGAAUGAAUUUCAGAAGGGUCACAGUCAUAUUGCGGUUGUAUAUAGGGAUCUAAACGAUAAAAAAGGAACAUACAAAAAAAUUAAAGAUUCAGAACAACUCGAGUUUCAAGACAGCUGUAAGAACAAAGGAAAAAGUGCUCCUUUAGAUAAAGGUGCGAUGUUGGAGCCGCGCGAUACUUUGACGGCUGACGGUUCACAGGUGAAAAAAAGUCCACCAGCAACGCCGGCUUUUAAAAAGCGACACAGAGGUUGUUCAUAUUGCAUUCUGGACCUUGAUAAUGCUCCCCUGCCCGUCUUUCCGCCCAGUGAAGUGGUUGUUGGUGUUAUUUCGAUGGAGGAUGUAAUCGAAGAGCUUCUUCAGGAGGAGAUACUUGAUGAAACCGAUGAAUAUGUCAAUAUUCAUAACAAGAUAAAAGUUAACAUGAAUGCAUCUAAGGAGAAGGCUCCUGAUGCAAAUCUGUUGCAGCCUUCUAGUUUAGCAGUUCAAGGACACACACCAACUAAUUCAACUUCGACAGCUACUUCUCCGUCGGGCUCGCCUACCACCAUUGAUCAAAUCUCGGAAAGCGAGUCACUCAGGAAUCAAUAAUGCAUGCAUUAGAAGAAUAGCAGAAUAGCAUAGGUUUCUGUUGAAAGAGCAGAGAAGUAUAUAGUUUGGUGCAGUGUUAAUAUGCAGAAAAAAUUACUAUGGUAGUGUUUGGUGCAGAGAACGAAGUGGAACUUGAUCUAGUUCUGUCCUAUUAAGUUAUAUCUGGUUUUAUACUUUUUAACAAAACUAUAGAACAUAUCACUAUUUUUUAA